AUGGGCAAGAUCAUCUUCUACGAGGAGAGGAAUUUCCAGGGUCGCUCCUAUGAGUGCAUGAGCGACUGCUCUGACAUGACCUCCUACCUGGGCAGGUCCCAGUCCUGCAGGGUGGAGAGUGGAUGCUUCAUGGUCUAUGAGCGUCCCAACUUCAUGGGCCUGCAGUUCUUCCUGAGGAGGGGCGAGUACCAUGACAUGCAGCGUCUGAUGAGCAUGGGCAUGAUGUUUGACACCAUCAGAUCCUGCAAACUGAUCCCUUACCACAGAGGCCCCUUCAGGAUGAAGAUCUACGAGAGGGAGAACUUCCAGGGCCAGAUGAACGAGUUGAUGGACGACAUCGACAGCAUCCAGGAGCGCCUCCGUAUGAAUGAGUGCCUGUCCUGCAACGUGUUGGAUGGCCAGUGGCUGCUGUACGAGCAGCCCCACUUCAGAGGCAGGAUGAUCUACCUGAGGCCCGGCGAGUACAGGAGCUUCUCUAACUUGGGCAUUAGCAGCUUGAGGAUGCAGAGCAUGAGGCGCAUCACCGACAUGUGCUAG